CCUCCAUGCCCAUCCCGACUUCAGUAACAUACCCAACGACAACGAUACACAGAAACACCAGGAUAAAUCGAAUCAGUACACGUCCGGUCCUUUCAGCGCCGGCACCACCUACGGUGCCUUCAGCAAUCCCCGCUCUCGUCAUACCCUCGCUGGAGCCAACUCGCUGGCUUACCGCGAUCAACAAGCCCCUUUGCGUCAAGGAUACGACCUUGGCCAGCCUUCAUCAAUCAACUCGCUCGCGGCUUUACAGUCGCAAUCCCCACCGUCAUCGCAAGGCGCGUUCGAGACGCUCCAUCCCCAACGCAUGCACGACUAUGGCGUACAACUCUCCGGACACAAGUCCUAUCCCACGUUGGACACGUAUGCCUCUGGACUUGGGUCCUCCAUGUUCCCGCCGGGGGUCAAACAUGGUUUGCUGCCCAACGGGCACGGCCUAACGCAACCUCGUAACUUCCAAAGCGGCCCGCAAUACCAUUCACAGACGCCUUUUGGACCUCAUCUUCCUGCGAACGGCUCUGCAGCAGGAGGGUCGGUGUUGUCUGCCCCCACAGUGUCCCAUGUCAGCGGAGGUCAAGGUUCCUCCCAAGAGGAGAUCUCGACGAUAUUCGUCGUGGGUUUCCCCGACGACAUGCAGGAACGCGAAUUCCAGAACAUGUUCACCUUCUCCCCGGGAUUCGAGGCCGCGACUCUGAAGAUUCCCAACAAGGAACUCACUGCGUACGGCUCCGGCGUUGGCCCGAUGCGCCCUAGCUACUCGCAAGGUUACCAAGGCCCGAACGAUCCAUACAACCUCGUUACCGUCAAUCAGGGAGGUGUCGUCGUUGACGGCGGUCGUGACGGUACGACUGCCUCGUGGCCGGCGGCGCCGACCCACGACGAUAGUCACUUCGUGCAAUCAGGCGCGACGAUGCCACCUCGCAAGCAGAUUAUUGGCUUCGCGAAGUUCAGCACUCGGUCGGAAGCGCUCGCGGCACGUGAUGUUCUCCAGGGCCGUCGCGUUGAUGCAGAGAAGGGCGCGGUGCUCAAAGCGGAGAUGGCGAAGAAAAACUUACACACCAAGCGCGGGGUCGGGCAAGCAUCUCUCCCCGGAAUGACCUCGCUACUGCAGGGUUCGGGGAUGACGACAGACAUGCUCAAUAAUGGGCUUGCGGGUCUUGGCUCCCCUACGUCAGCUGGUGAAGCUCUCAGCGCCCGCGAUCGCGAACUUGGACCGCUUGGGACGAUGGGGAUCGGCAGACGGGACCGCUUCAUGUCGGGGGAUGAGGACCCCGGUCGUGACGGUCGUCGCAGCGACCUCAUGGGGAUGAUGUCUGGUCUGAACCAGUACAACACCCGGGGACCUCGCGAACGCGCUGAAGAUGACGAGCGCGAACGAGAGAGAGCGAAGAGGGAGCUGCGCCUGAGACAGGCGAACUCCUCCGCCUACGAGGCUUUCCACUCUGUGCCUUCCCACCUUGUUCGCAGCCCCGAUGCGGCAAUGGCAGAGAACGGCGCUUCCUACAACGGACUGAACGCGCUCUCUCAUUCCCUCUCGGACGGCACAGGGAUGAGCGCUCCGUCGAACCCAUGGGGUAUGCCUACCCGUGAAGCUAUGGCCAACGGUCUCAACGGCAUCGCAGCGCGGCGGCAAGCUAUGCCCUUCAGCUCUUACCCGCAGCGUCCGCCCUCAGCGUCCCAAUCCUCCGUUCCCGACCAGGACAUUUUCCCGUCCACCGCAUCGCGCUCAACGUCCUCCUCUCAGAGCGGUCUUUCCGACCCGGAGCAUACGCCUCACACCAAUCCCGAUGCUGCCCUUUCGCCACCGACCGAUUUCUUCCUUCCCAUGGGGGUCUCACGAUCUCACGGACGUUCUCCGUCGACGGAAUCACAGCAGCUCCACGACGAUCAAAUUCAACCACUGGAUGCCAGCGGAGCCGGCCCGCAGAUGGGAAAUGAGCAACAGAUCACACACGCCAUGUCCGACCUCGCUAUCGGAACCGAGACUGGGUCAACUUCUCCCGACCUGCCCUCUCCUACGUCGAACGCGAGUUCCGGCAAUCGCAACGCCGCCGACCAGAACCCUCCGAUCAAUACGCUCUACGUCGGCAACCUCCCCGCGUCGCCGACGCAAGCUGGCUAUCCCUCAAGCCAUCUUGAAGAUGGUUUACGCGAUUUGUUCUCGCAACAGCCGGGGUUCCGUAAGCUGUGUUACCGACAGAAGAGCAACGGACCGAUGUGUUUCGUCGAGUUUGAGGAUGUCUCUUAUGCCACCAAAGCUCUCAACGAUUUGUACGGCAACACUGUCAACGGCCUCGUGAAGGCUGGUGGUAUCCGACUCUCCUACAGCAAGAAUCCGUUGGGUGUUCGAACCCCAACGAGUGCAACACACGGGUCGAAUUCUGGCUCUCCAUUCCAAUCGGAUGCCUUCCUCCCGAGGUCGUCCGCCGUCGAUAUGGACGCCACGCCACGGCGCGACACCAUCGGCUCGUCUUAUUACCAGGCAAUGUCGACGCAGCCUCCGCGUUUCUCCGCCGGCCCUUCGUCUUCCAUCUUCGGCGUUCAGAACGCUCAGCCGACAUUCCCUCGUGGCAAUUUUGGUCCCGGUCCCGGCAAUUUAUCCACGUCCUUCUCUCCCUUUGGCAUAUCAUCGUCCCCGCGACCAAUACCCGACGCCAAUAAUAAUGAACCGAACGACCACCUCGUCGCCUCGAUUUCCGCCCUGACAUCCACGUAGAGGUUUUUCAAGACGCAUAACCAGCAUCCAUAUGUACUACUUAACUAUGUCAUAUCCACCCAUUCUCCCCAUUUCGGGUUUCCUAUGUUACUUUCGGACGCACCAUCCUUCGGCCCUUCGCAUGUCAUAUCACUGUCCUAUUAUUGCGCCCAACAUCUGCAAUCGCUCCCAACCCAAC